AUGCCGCCUAUUAGACGCAAGGAUGGUUAUUACAGCGACGACGACGAACACCCAAUACAGUCCACAAGCAGAGUCACAAACAGAACCACAACCACAAGCGCAGGAAAGGCAACAAAACAGGACGACGACGACACAGAAAGAGGCCGAGACCCACUCGUCCCAUUCUACUGCUGCUACCUCCUCUGCUCAACCGUACCUCGAUACAAAACCCACGCCUACGUUGGAAGCACCCCCGACCCCGUCACCCGUCUCCGACAACAUAACGGAGAACUUACUCAGGGAGCCAAGAAGACUUCCAGGAAGCGACCCUGGAAGAUGGCCAUGCUUGUUCAUGGCUUUCCGACCAAACUAGCUGCACUGCAGUUUGAGUGGGCAUGGCAGUACCCAGAACGCUCCCGCCAAUUCGAAAAGCCUUCACCACCAACAUCCUCCUCCUCCUCCUCCUCCUCCUCACAACCACCACCUCCCACAAAGCCCUCAUCUUCCGAGGAAACACCAACAUCCUCACAAACAGGAGCAGGCGGAAGGCGUCGAAAGCUCCCAAGACCUGUAGCAACUGUCCUUCAGAAACUGCAAACCGUUCACACCAUGAUUGGACGCCCCUCCUGGAUCCGCUGGCCUCUUACUGUGUACCUCAUGGACCCGGAUCUAAUGACCCAAUGGCAGGAUCUUGUCAGAACUCGGGGGACAGGAGCAGGAGUGGGAGGGAUAGGGGUGAAGACGAAGAUUGUGGUCAAGUCUGGGACGAUACAGGAGCUGGCGCCUUUGUUCUCGGAUCGUGGGUUCCGGCAAGAACAACUGAGAUCGAGGGAGCUGGAGAGGUUUGAUCGAUUCAAAGAAAUAGACUCGCGGUGCCUCUUCUGCUCCAAGGGCAUCAACUACAAGGACCCAUCCAGCUACCUAACGUGCAACAACGAAACCAGCAGAAACUCCGAAUACUCAGGAGCCUGCGAAAUGAUCGCCCACCUAGACUGCAUGUCCAGCAUCCUCCUCUCAAAAGACAACCGCUUCGCCUUACACAUCCGAUCUUCGUCAACCACCCAACAGCUGAGUCUACUCCCUACAGGCGGAAAAUGUCUUGCCUGUCAGGGCGAGAUGGAUUGGGCAGUCAUGGUUCGAGCCAUGAACGCUCGUGUCCUAGCACUCGAUGCGCGGGAACUGGAGCUGCUGCAGAAGAAGGGAAAGGUAGCCAAGAAAAAGUCUCGUGGGUCGUCUCCAAUUGAUGUAGAUCUCACUGACCCUUUUGGCUCGCCAUAA